AUGGAAUUGGGUAUCAAUGAAGUACAUUUCCUGGAAAAGUUCGAAAUGCCCAAAUCAACCCAAGAAAAGUAUAAAGCUACCAAUUUUCCAAUAAUAUUGCUCAAGAUUGGCACUUGGGAGAAACUUUUAAGAUACGAAGGUGAGUUGAAGGCCAAAUGUUACUAUUCAACUAAGAAAAUCGCAUGGGAAAUUUUGGAAAAUAACUUAAAAAGUAAGAUGGAGAUUCAUUUUAGUGACAUCGAUGCAAUGAGGGCGACUAUGAUUGAGAAUCAACCCGGAACUAUAGAAUUAUUGUUGAACAAAUCUCCUCUAUUCUUUCGAGAGCGUGACCCAGUACCGAUGAGGAAAACAACUUGGGAGGAAUCAUUUGAUUUCACACAAGGUCAAGCAUCCAUUUUCAGGAUUCAUCAUGUCACGUUUCCUCCUGGAACACUUGAUAAACACUAUGAGACGCUCUUGCAAAGUGAUUCUCGUUUGAUGGAUAUUAGUAAAAAUGUGUUUCCCGUGAUAGAAUUUCCGUACUUCCAACCCAACAAUUCGAAUACUUCAAAUAUCCAAUUUGGUAUGGGAAUAUUGCCCCAAUCUGUACCCUCUCUAGAGAUGUCAGAUCCAUUACCCCAAAUGUUAGCUCCACAAUAUGACCCAUUGCCCCAAAUGUUUCCUCCACAAUAUGACCAGACUAACUACAACCUACAUUCGAUGCAUUCGAACUCUAUUCAGAUGCAUGAUCACUCGAACUCUAUUCAGAUACAUGACUCAUCAUUACAAAAUCCAGGUAUGCAUUACCAACAAAGUUCCACUGUCAAUAAUUUCGGUGAUACAAUAGAAACAUAUGGUGCACCUAACACCCUACCAAUGAGCGACCAAAUUCCAUUAAUGUCAAAUGUUAUGCCUUCUAUACAAGAGGAAAAUGUACAAUUCAAUGGGGCAGUAAACAACAACAAUGAAAUACUACGAAACAUUGAGCAACACUUAUUUAGUGACGAGUCACCAAUGGUAGACUUUAGUGACAAUUCACUUCCUCACAAUCAAGUGUCUCACAACCAAGAUAGUUAUGUUAAUAACACCUUUGACGAUGAUCAUAUUCCUCAUGAAUGUUUUAACCAUUAA